AGCAAGAAGAUUGCCCUCACGCAGGAUCGAACUACGGACCUUCAGUUUACAAGACUGACGCUCUACCACUGAGCUAUAAGGGCUUCUGAAUGGUCAAUAAGUCUCUCGUGAUUUGAUAAUCAUAAUUGUGACUGUGAUUAAAAUGAGCAACGGAGCAGUGUAGAAUUGGGGAGAACCGGCGAAGCAGAAGAGAGAAGACAGCUGAGCUAGGGAUGGACGAACAGAAUAUCGACCCUGGUUUGAUUCACGAGAUUUUCAAGCAUGUCUGGACGAGAACAGCCCUCGAGCGGGAGAAGAACGAACGCAAUGAGGCUCCUACGGACGCCGACUUGGUCAUUGUAGGCGGCGCCGGAACGUCGAAGAAGAAUCGCCCUACUUCCGCUAACUCCAAUGCUUUGAAGCUGAGCGCCGAGCUCAUCCGCAUUUUCAUCUCAGAAGCUGUGCAGCGUGCGGCAGCGAUCGCUGAGGCCGAGGGAGAGACCAAAAUUGAGGCCACCCACUUCGAAAGAAUUCUUCCCCAGUUGCUCCUGGAUUUCUGAGGUCUGCAAACUUGAACUCUUUGAAUGGUCUGCUCCCUCCUUCAGAUUCCUGUCUUGUUUUGUCCCCCGAGUGGCACACCAAACACAAAGACUGUUACUUUUGUUGUUUAGAUACAAGUGUUCCCAUUUUGUUAGCGUCUGUUUCAGGGCGGCCAUUGUUGAUUAUUCUCAUUUUGCAGGCCUGAAAAUGCUGCCGUCUUUAAGUCACUAAAACCACUAGUUCGGCAGCGAAGAUCCCUUUAGGAAGGGGUCUCUGAUUAGUAUAGGCCUAUAGGGCAAGAACAAGAACGGGAGCUUCUUUGUCUUAGCAUGGUAGCGUGUUUCAUUGGCAGUUUCCUUUUCCCAUUUUACAGACGGUGUGCUGGGCUCCAUUUCCUGUUCUUUCUUCGACUCAAAAUGUGAACCUUUUUUCCUCCAACGCCAGUCUCUAGUCAGUAAUACAACGACUUGGACAUU